AUAAAAUAAGAAAAACACUUUCUUCACAGCGACUCCACUUUCUCUCCUCCUCCAGAUCUGAUCUCAAAAAAAAAAAAAUUCAGGCUUUUAACUUCAUUUGCUUGUAAGUUUGAAAAGAUGGGCCGUGGAGUUAGCAGUGGUGGUGGGCAGAGCUCAUUGGGUUAUCUGUUUGGGAGUGGAGAAGCUCCAAAACCUGCCGCAAAAAAUUCCCAAGCUGCUUCAACCGAAACACCAUCAGUCGCGAAACCUGCUCCUGCUGCUCAGCCAGCAGAUGUAACCAAGCAGAUUCCUGCUGGUAUUAACAGUACCUCAAACAAUUAUCUACGUGCUGAUGGUCAGAACACUGGCAAUUUCAUUACGGAUCGACCUUCAACCAAGGUUCAUGCAGCGCCUGGAGGUGGAUCGUCUCUGAACUACCUCUUCGGUGGGGGACCUGGGGAUAGCAAAUGAGAUUGUGUCUUUGUGUAUCUCAAUAAAGGGAGCAUUGUUUGUUGAUUCUUGGGGAAGCCAUAGAUUCUAAAUGAUGCUGUUUUCGGAUCUUUUUAAUAUAAGCAGCGGAAACUUUCUGCGGCCGCUUGUGUAAUAUUCAGGUUUUUGUUGUGUGCUUGUUGUUUGGUUUUAUUUCAAUCAAGAGUUCUCCUGAUUAGAUGCGAAAACAUCUAUUGCACAGGGCUCAGUUACCCUGUAAAAACAAUGUUAUAUAUUUGUUCUUAGUUCUGUCAUGUUUUCUUGCA